UUCCAUAAUGAGAGACUUUAUAAGAGGCAACCGGCUGUCAGCGCGCCGUCACACAGCCGCUUGAGGACAACACUCCUUCAUUCUACUCAGGCUCCUUGUUUGGACAAAAACUUAUUAGCGCUUUUUUUUUUCUUCCAACGGGAAUACACGCUCACCACUCCAAACUCCUCUUUUGCCAAGAUGCUGCUGCUUCUCCUAGGCAUCGUCCUCCUGCACGUCGCCGCUCUGGUGCUCCUCCUCGUCUCCACCAUAGUCAGCGUGUGGACCUCCAAUGAAAUCGGCACCUCGGACCUGUGGACCAACUGCUCCAUCAUCAAUGGAAUUCAGCGCUGCGACGGCGCCUCCACUGGAGAGUGGAUCCAGGCGGUCCAGGCCCUCAUGAUCCUGUCCAUCAUCUUCAGCUGCUUGGCACUCUUCCUCUUCUUCUGCCAGCUCUUUACUCUGCAGAAGGGUGGACGCUUCUUCAUCACUGGAACCUUCCAGAUUCUUGCCAGUUUGUUCGUGAUGAGCGGUGCCAUCAUCUACACAGUGAUGAGUCCGGAGUGGGUGCCCGAGACGGACACCUUCGGCUAUUCCUACAUCUUGGCGUGGGUGGCCUUCCCAUUGGCGCUGAUCAGCGGCCUCAUCUAUGUCAUCUUGAGGAAGCGAGAAUGAGCACUAUCGUUACCAACGCGCUGACAUCAUCUCCCCCAGCUACACCACCACUCGCCGACGCCUCCAAGCAAACCGACCGCGUCUCCGUUUCAAGAUGUAUAUAGUAUCUAUGGUUUAAAACCUAUUUAUAAUGUAACACUUUUACAUAUGUGUACAUAGUUUUUGUUUUGCUCUGUCACGUGAGCUUGGUUAGCUUAAGUGCCUCCACGUUUGUUUGUAUUUGCCUGUUUGUUUGUUUGUUUGUUUUUUUGCCAAAGGAUUAACAGAUGAGUACAUUAACCAAAGUGCAUGUUUAAAAUAACUAGACAGAUUAGCAAAUUGUUUAAUGUGUGUGUGUGUUUAGUUAGAAAAUAAGAGUGGUAAGCUAUCCAGGAUGCAACAACCAUAAGUGAUCGAUCUGGUCCUUUUUUCUACGUUUAAGCUUUUUAUAUUUCUUUUCGACAAAAACAAAAGAUGGUGCUAUUGUUCUACUAUAAAUAUUUAUCAUUCCUCUCCCAUCACGCCACUCGUGGGUCGGUCGGUGGACAUCGGAUUUCAAUCCAUUCAGUCAUUUGGACUAUCAGUAUUAACUAGAAUAGUACAAUAACACGAUGAUAUACUCUGCGGCUUGUGCUUCGCAGCUUUGGUCUGUUUUGCUUUGUUUUUAUUUUCUUCUUUUUCCAUAGCGGCUAUACCACUUUGUAUUUAUGACUGUUAACCAUAUAUGCAAAGUAGAUGCAAAUGAGGCCAAGUCGACAAAGAGCGAGACACGGCCGCACGCAUACUUGAACUCCACCGCACAACAUCAUUGUGUAGUAAAGUUGUGCGUAACAAAAAAACAAACAAACAUGCACACGCCUUAACUUCAUUGGAAAUGAGAACUCAUGAUUAGCUAGCUAGCGCUGAUGUAUUUUGCUGAGAAAAGGGACUGAAGUCGCACUAAUUACUUGAUGCAUGUGGGAUUAAACAGAUGUCACACACACAAACACACACUACCAGGGCAGCAAACAUGAAAAUAAAAGCUAAUUUUGAACCAAUUAGCAUUGUAGUAAUCUGUGAUCUGCUAAUACACUGUAGCUGCCAGCACUAUCAAACACUAAGCGGCAGCCAUUUUGUAUACAUACAAAUGUAUUGUAUAAAGUCCAGCGUGGGUCCAGUUAGAAGAGACAUCACGCUCUGAUGACGACUGCCCGGCUAUUUUGCCGCGCGUGUUUUGUGUGUGCGUGUAUUGUCUCAUGUUUACACGCGUGUGUAGCGCUCACCGUGUUACCAAAGCUAACUGUGACUUAUAGCGUAACCAAUAAAGAGGACCUCUCUGACCACCAAAAACAUCUGGUUUUCAUGGUUUUAUAACAUUUUGCCAGAUACAAGAUAAUUACGUUUGUAAUGUUACGAUAAAGUAUCGAUGCAUGAGGGCCAAAUAUUGAUAACAUCUGAAUACGCUUGUUUUAAUAAAAUUACAUAUUUGAACAGAUGACAUGACAGCAUCACUAGUUUUUUUAUUCACAAAAUAUCACAAUGUAUUGAUUAUGGUACCCUAUCGGCACAGAACUACUAAAUAA